AUGAACCUGGAUUCGACGCUUGAUCCUGCCGAGGAGAUUCGGUUCCUCAGCAAAACGAGUGGGUUGAUGCGGCGGCUCGGUCGAACUACGCACUUCACGGGUCAAGAGCUGGAGCUGGUGCUGUUGGUGUACUACAAAAUCCUGAAGAACGACCCAGAUGCCUCUGGCGGACAGAUUUCACGCCAGCAGCUCACGACUGUGUUUGAUACCGCGUUUGGAAUCACCGACACGUCCGUGAUACGGCGCAUCUAUGCCGCCCUGGACGGUGGAACCAGCUCACACGUGUCGAUGGAGACUUGGGUCCGCACGGUUUCGCUGUACGUGCGUGGCACACUUGAGGAGAAGAUCCAGUACUGCUAUCGGGUGUACGAUGCACAGCGUGAGGGAAUGAUCCGGCGCGAUUACCUUAUGGUGCUGCUGAGGGGUUGCGUUCGGCAGGAAGAAGGUGUCGACGAAGCGGUCAAGGAUCUGGUUGACCUCAUCAUGACCCGGCUUGAUAUAGACCGAGAUGGGGCGAUCUCGUUCGAAGACUACCGUCGCAGUGUGCUGGGAACACCGUUGUUGCUGGAGUGUCUUGGCCAGGCGCUACCUGAUCGCAGUCACGUGGACGCAUUCGCGGCGACGUUCCUCGUUAGCUAG